AUGCCUUACAAAUGGACUCCCGAGUCUGAGAGGGCCCUUCUUCUUCUCGCCUUUGCUGAAGUGGCUCCUCCUGCUGCUACUGUCUGGAAUAAAGUCGCUGAACAACUGGGAAAUGGCCUCAGUGGCAGUGCAUGCAGUCAGAAGUUCUACAAACUGAAGAAGGAAUCAGAAAAGCUUCUCAGCGAGGAUGGUACUGCUCCCGGUCCGACUACUCCAGCUACCUCCGCCACCAAGAAAGAGAAGCAUUCGACCUCACGCAAGCGCAAGGCCGAGGCCGACGAUGCCACGGACACCCCCGCCAAAAAAACCAACAGGAAGCUAUGUGCUGUUGAAGUGAAGACGGAGGAGUUGAAUACCAAUGGCGGCGUUGCACCCAAAGUCGAAGACUCGGACCUUUAA